AUGGCGGAGCGUGCACUAAAACAAAAAGUAGUCAAGCUGGACGAAACAGAAGCGUUGCGAGCUGAGUACACGAAAAAAUUCAAUUUAUGGCCUUCGAGAUGAUCUUCAUCAUGAGAAUGUCGAGAUGAAUGGUGGGGGUUGUCUACAACAAUCUCGUUUUCGACUGAUAUGAAAAUAGAAUUGCAGCCGCAGCUACUACUGCGCUGGCUGUGAGAAAGCAGCGUCGUAUUGGCAAUAUUAGACAAGCAAUUUCUCAUCUAGUAGAGAAUUCGUCGCGUUGGCAAUACUUGACAAGAAAUUUCUCAUCUGGUAGAGAUUUCGUCAUGGAAAUACUUACGAAGCCUUAACGACCUUUUCUAACAUUUUCAACCAAUCACAAACUGUGCAAAGAGCGCUUCGAGCGAUUCUGGAUUGCCUCAGAGUUUCUACGGUUGCAAGAAAAAUACGAGUUGUUGAUGCGCAAGGAGCAACGUGUGGAGUCCAAUGCUAUGGCGGUCUAUAUGUUCAAUGAAGACGCAUUUCCUUUUGCAUAUGGUAAUGGUUGGACUGAAUCUCAUUCAUUCUGGUCUACCUAAACAAGUAGGAAUUUUUGAGAACAAUGUGUUGUGGAGACCUGUUAUGUAUUAGUUGCACGUAGCCAAAAUGAACGACCACGAGAUCGUCCUGAGCCUGCCAGCUCUAACAUCAUCCGCGAAAAGGAGUUACUCCUGAAAACCAUCACCAAGAAAAACGAAGGUUUGUCGCAGGAGAACAAGCAGAUGUACAGCGACUAUGUGAAGCUCAAAGUUUCGCAGGAUAAGAUGACCCAAACAGAGCUCGUAGACCAGCACCAGGGACGGUUAGUGGAGAAGUUAUGAUGUUCUCUGCAUGUGCAUCGUGGUGUUUUCUAGAAUUUGGUUUCGUAUGUGUACUACUAGUACAACUGCUUCUGUGUAAUAAAUGCCACUAGGACCAACAGCAGUAGACUCUACUAGAGGUAAGAAGAUGGGAAUGGGUUAUUAAGUACUACUUAACUCCGAUGAAGUUCUCUGUGUGUGUGUGUUUCUUCUUUUGAGGAUAAAGCAUCCAUCUCUAAUCAACGACCUGGAUUUUGGCAAAUGGGCACCAGUGCCUACAAAACUGCAGACGUGGGAAACACAGCGUGUAGAACGCGACAGCUAUUCGGGCGAUGGCAGCGCGACGGCAGCGAAAGUGCGAUUCGGAGGUGCGAGCACGCGACCUAGGAGUGCAAGUGGAGUCAGAGGAUUGGGUGGUGGAGGUAUGACAAAGCACGUAUCAAGAUCAACAUUUUUAGAGCACCAUGUUUCAGUUUAAAGGACAACUUUUAUAUUUAUCACAAGCACUAGUACGUACCGUUUUAUUUUGCUGUCACUCACCGUUGCUUUGUUGAGUAGAUGCUUAGAAGUUGUGUCUGAACCGAUUGCUACGUUCACGUUCUUGAAGCAGCAUCUAAAAUUUUAUUCCUUUUCCUUCCACAACGACAACUUCUUCCCGCCGUUCAUAUCACGUUUCCCUGCCAUUGGUGGAGGAGCUUCAACCUCAACGUCUGGAGGCGGAGGUCAAGUAUCAUCUGGAAUUGGAAUAUACCCUGCUUCUGCAUCUUCAACUGGAAUAUACAACCCUUCUUCUGGAAGCGGUACCGGAUCUCGCAGCAAUUAAGGCUCAAAAAUACAAUUCAUUUCUCAUUUCUAAUUCUACAACAAGUCUCAUUUCUAAUAGAUACUUCUGCUAGCUGUAUCUUCAAAUGAGACGAGAGAGAGAUGAGUGAAUCGUUUUGAGCUCUAAAUUAGCAUGCAACAUGCUGAUUUUGUAUCUUUUCUGUGCAAAAUACUUUUUUCCUUUGUGCGCGAAAACAACAUUCGGAUGGUCAAAGAGAGCGUCACACAUUUGAACGACCUCAAUCACAAGGAUUUGCAAGGCGAUACCCUUCUAUCCAUCUGUUGCAAAGAGGAUAAGCCUGAUUUGUUGCGCUACUUUCUAGCGAUUCCUGAGAAAUGGGGGGGAGCAGCGAUGUUGCAGAAGUUAUGGUUGAGGAGUUGAUGUAGGAGCAUUCGAAAUGCAGCUUCUGCUGCUGCCCCGAUGAAACGCGGAAUGUGCACAGAUUGAAUGGGUAGUCGAUGUUUCAUUUCAUUAUAUCCGGACAUACCAUAGUCGAUCGCAAUGACCACCAUAGCACUACACACACAGAGCACAAAGAAAUCCGGCGGGAAAACAAACAACGCAUCUUUUUCCCAGCGAGCACAACGGCUCUAGUAACUUUUUUUCAGUUUAGAAUCAAGUCGUGAUUUCCUGUGGUCCUACCAGCACUUCAUCUAAUCGUCGAACUGAACGACGGCCGCAUUCUGUCUCUUGCGACGCAAAGCAAUUUUGCCUCGGACGUUAUUGCAAAACUGUUGUCGUCUCAAGCGGAUCCGAACUAUAAAGUGGUUGUACCACCAAAACCAACAGAGAGUCUGUUUGCUAGAAAACCUGCUUCUAGGCAAUUGGAAGCGCCUCUUGUCUAUGCGGUGGCGAAUAACUCGGAACGCGUGGUGAAACAAUUGUUGAUUUUAUGAGACAAACACAUCUACAACAACCAGGUCCUCCUCUAACCAUUGCCUCCACCAGGUCCUCCUCUGUCCCGGAAGUCUCCCACCCAGCUUCGUCUCCCCCGCGGAUGAUUUUUUCUCAGAGAUUUUUUCUCAGAGAAGCCCGCCUUUGCUCUUUUUAGGAUACUUUCAUUUUUGGUAUGAUUUGUUGAGGUUAAAUAUUAAGACACUCUUGAUGAUCCCAGCAAAGUAACACAGCGAGAAGGAGGAGGAAGGCGAGGCGGACAAGGAAGAAGCAAGUAGUGGUCCCACCAGGUCCUCCUCUAACCAUUGCCGGCGCAGACCCGAAUUUUUUUUAUCAAACAUCCUCUUUACGUUGGGCAAUUCGCUCGGACAACGGGCAUAUGGUUAAUCUCCUGCUGCGCGCAGACGCGGAUAUCAUCUCGGAAGAAAGAGAGCUAUUGCGCGAAGCAGAUAGCGAAAAAUUGAGGGACUUCAUUCGGAGGACCAUAGUAAACGAAAAAUACCGCUUAGGCAGAAUCGUUGACCAGGCCUUGUUGACUUGAGAUUUUGUCGUUCUAGUAGCUAGUACAUAGGCCCGAUGCUGUUCAUGGUGGGAAAGAUCACCAAGCAUUAUUUUUUUUUGAACAUUGCGAUUAUUUUAUUUUGCGAUUGAUGCCAAUGAUCUCUUGGCAUGCAUUCUGUUGUUCAGAAGUGAUGUCGAUUUUAACAAUUUCAAUUUCUUACAUACAAUAUAAUGAAUGUGUGGCCAUCUGGUGUGCCGUUCUUUGUGGCUUUCGUCGACUACGCCCAUUCACGGGGAGACGGAGUCGCGCCCAUGGAUUGAAUUGAAUUGACUGGCAUAGUAUUGAGGAGUCAUGUCCUCUUCUGAGUUGAGCAGAGGGAGUGGCUG